AUGAACGGCAAACAGGAAGUAGAAUUGCGAAUUGGUGGGUACGCGGAUGAUACGGCUAUUUAUCUCGACUCUCCCAAACGGAUCACUGCUCUCCUAGAAAUGACGGCUAAAUUCAGUGCGGCCAGUGGACUCCAGGUCAACGCGAGUAAGACCGUGGUAGUCGCACUACACUUCAAGGGACCUACAUCAAACAUAAAAUUACCAAGUGGACUUCGCUUUCAAGAAAUCAGUGCUUUUAGUCGGUACCUGGGAGCGCAUGUCGGUAGUCGGGAUGCCACAGAAUACUCUUGGGGGAAGGCGAUUCGGCAAAUGGAGGCUCGUCUCCGCAUUGCAUCGGUUAAAAUGUUGACGGAGGAGCAACGUGGUGUCCUAGCGGCAGCAAUCAUUAUUCCAAAGAUAACAUACGUAGCACGACAUGCAUGGCCACCACUCAAGUGGCUCAAAACCUUACAAAAAUGCAUCCACAAUUUCGUGUGGUUUGGCAUAUUUGCAAGAGAAGUCACUCAUGGUAGAGCUUGGAUAGCAACCGGCAUUGCUGCUCUUCCUCGAAGAGAAGGUGGCCUAGGGAUUCCGAGUGUACGAGCAGAAUGUAUGGCGAUGGCGGCUUCGGAAAUAACGAGAUGGGCGUCAUGCAACAGCGACACCAUACGAAUCGUGGGUGACAUACUGCACGGGGCACACACGGUCGAGAUCCAACGUGAACAAUUCAUUACUAUUGGAUACCACCCGGCGCUACUACACGGAAGGAAAUUCCCCUCUUCCAACUGGCAAGCAGGGCAAGAAAUGAUCAACAUGGCUGGACAGGAUGAUCUCAACAUGCCGUUCGCAGAAUUGACGAGGAAAACAUUUAGCGUGAUAACAGACCUUCUGCCUGACGUCUCAGAAUGGGCCGAUGGUACGUGCACCAUUGCAACUGGAGCACUGAAAGGCACAGGAACGAUUGGUAUGCGUCAAUGGACGCAAAAGAACCGAGGUGUCUUUUGCGUGGAGUGGUUGCCUAGGAUGGCGGUCAAAUACCUUAUGCUUUUUGAUGAGACUGGAUCUCGUGUAACCCCUGAAAUUUGCAACUCCAUGAUGGUCCAGGCCCAGACGACGGUGGGAGAAUUAAUGCGGUGGGCACAUAUAAGCGCAACGGACGUGGCAUUCCAAUUGCUAAAGCAUGGCUCCCCAAUCCAACGCCCCUCCUCAAUCCGACUCGCCCACAUGACACAACUCAUCGGCCUGCUACUCCUCAAUUUCCCAGAAAUGGUAUAUCAAACUCCUUACCCUGAGGAGGUACGAUUGGUCACCACCAGUGUUGACCACCCUUAUGUACUGCAACUACCCGAUGACAACCAACGACGUGCAGUACUUAUUACUGUUGGCAAACAAGCUACAACAGAAUUCAACAUUACUGGGGGCCAAAAACUUCUAGCUGAUGUGCAAGCUGCAAUUUCACCUGAGCAUGUGGUAAAAGAUUUUCAUCUUCACCCUAGGCUAGAUCGCCUAGCAUGUUUAGGGGCAGGCAAACGAAGGUGGGCCCGUUCCUGUGCUCAAUUCAAAAAGAUCUACACUGCACACAGCAGGGAGACUGGUAAAUUGCAGUUAGUCAAAAGAACUGAAAGACGGAGAUCGGAUGACCCGUUGAUUCAUUCAGCGCUGGAGUCUGUGUCAUGGCAGGAGAUUAGAAGAUGGAUCGGAGCGGAUGCCUGGGGAGAGCGGUUAUUAUAUCGCAUUAAAACGGGAAGCCUCACAUGCUUUGAUCGGAUGCAGAACAGAACCGGGUGUCCUCACUCGGAAUGUGUAGGCCGAGAUGACAUCACUUUAUCCCACAUUUUUUGGGAAUGUCCGGCAGCGACAUCGAUAUGGACCACAUUUAUUUACCAAUGGGCCAGUCUAGGGUAUCCGGCAGCAAUGCAAACCCCAGAUACGUGCUUCACGUUCAAAUUUGGAAUGGUUCCUCGUGCAAUAUUAGAUCGCCAUGCAAAAGAGAACUUCUGGGUGCCUCAGAUUGAGCGAGACGCGGUCGGACUUCAAUUACACAGAGCCGCGGCGGAUUGCUGGAAACUUGGAGUCCUCUGGGUUCUACGGAUCAUUUGGAAAUGGAGGACCGAACAUUAUGCAGUGAACAAGGUGCUGACGGCGAAGAAAUUCUAA